ACAUCUAACAAAUCAACGCAAACUUUGGUAUAUUUUCUCGACUCCCUGAUCAUCUUCUGUCUCGGUUCAGUUCCCGAUAAUCUCUUGCAGUGUGGCGUUGCCAAAAAAACGGGUGCGGCUGCUGGACGACCCUACGUCGGAAGUCCUGGAGCAAGAACAAUAGCAAGACCAGACAAAGUGACCUAUGCACCCAGUCCCUCCAGAACAGCUGCGCGCCGCUUGGAGAGCACCCACUAAGCCAGAAAUGGAAAUUCCUUGUCUUUCACUUACUAUCGUAUUUGCAUCGCUCCGCCCUCGUCGUCCACCCUAGAAUUGAUCAUUUACAUUCCAUUCGCUUCGAGUCCACCAACCCACAUGGCGGCCAAUUCAGACUCGCGACAAUCCGAGGAGGUCGAGAAAAUUGCUACGCAAGCCGACGAGGAACAGCGAUAUGCUGAGCAAAUUGGAUGGAAAGCGCUCUUCGCCUUCACCACCAAUAGUCACCUUGUGGUCCUGAUUAGCGCGCUCGCAAGUGCAGCUGUCGCCGCCACCACACUGCCUAUAUUUUCCGUUCUCUACGGUCUCGUUUUUGGUGCAUAUUCGGACUAUGGCGCUGGCAAAUUCGACGGCGACAAGCUGCUGAGUGAGGUAUCGAGGCUGUGCCUGAUCCUGACUGGCAUUGCUGCAGCCAACUGGGUACUGAACAGCAUCUUCUUCUUCCUCUUCCUAUUUUUUGGAGAGCUGCAGGCGAAAAGCGCAAGGACUAGGAUCUUCAAGGUGCUUCUCCAGAAGGAUAUGUCAUGGUUUGACAUGAGAGACAGCGGGAUUGCUGCAUUCUUGCCCACCAUCCAAAUGCACAUCCGCGAUCUCCAGCUGUCAGUCUCUGCACCACUUGGAGAAGGACUGCAGUGCGUGACCGCUGCAAUCGCCGCUAUGGGAGUGGCGUUCUACUACUCUUGGAACCUAACUCUUGUUAUCAUUUCCACGGUACCUUUGAUCUACCUCGUGGAAGCAUACCUAUCAAAGAGACUGAAUGCACGAACGCACGAGCAAGCCAACCAACUCCAAAUGGCGCUGAAGUACAUCACCAACGCAAUUCAAAGCAUCGAAACGGUAAAGUGUUACAAUGGCGAGAGCUACGAGUUACAAUCGUUUACAACAACUACCUCUCUUGCGGCGAAAUUGUACAAGCGCGUAGCUAACCUUCGAUCUAUGCAAAUUGGCCUGAUAAAGUUCUUCACUUUUACGGUCUUUGUCCAAGGAUUCGCUUAUGGCUCCUAUCUGAUCAGAUCUGGAAGCAUCGAUGUCAAAAGCGUCAUCACUACCUUUUGGGCAGCGUUGCUGGCAAUUGGGGGCAUCACUGGGUUCUUGCCACAAUUCAUUGUUAUGCAGAAAGGUAAGGUGUCUGGUGCUAGACUUCGGUCGGUGAUAGAGCAGAUGUCUAGGGAAGAUGAACCCUACGAGAUGCAAGGAGAGUUCAAGCCCUCGGCAUGUCCAGGUGACAUUGAAUUCAGCAAAGUUACUUUCUCCUAUCCCACGAGAGCGGACCAGAUCGCUCUCCAAGAUGCGACUCUCUUCUUCCCAGCAGGAGAAACGACCUUUGUCGUAGGCAAAAGUGGGUCUGGCAAGAGUACACUAGGCCAACUACUUGUCCGAUUCUACCAGCCACAUUCCGGUCAAGUGUUGCUCGAUCAUGUGCCAAUCAAUAAACUUGAUGUUCAAUGGUUACGACAAAAUGUUACGCUGGUGGAGCAGCACAGUGUGUUGUUCAACGACAACAUCCAUAACAACAUCCUCUUGGGCGAUCGCAGUGGUUCUAUAACCAUGGAUGAUAUCAAGAAUGCUGUUAGCUUUGCGAUGUUAGAUCCGGUUGUGGAAGCUCUUCCAGCAGGCCUCGAGACUGAUCUUGGUGCAAAGGGUAGCUCUCUCAGUGGUGGGCAGAAGCAACGGAUGGCGUUGGCGCGUGCUCGGAUUCGCGACUCGCCCGUCUUGAUUCUGGACGAAUCUACCAGCGCUCUCGACUAUGUCACACGGGCUAUGAUCCUCGACGCCAUCCGUAAAUGGCGUGACGGCAAAACAACCAUCGUCAUAACGCAUGACAUCUCUCAAAUCCAGCCUGAUGAUUUCCUCUACCUUCUCGAUAAAGCUCACGUGCUCCAAGAAGGCUACCGCAAGGAUCUGGAGGCGCAGCCUGGAGCGUUUCAACUUUUCCUCGACUCGCAUGAAGAGAAGGAAGAUCCGCAAAGCGACUUGUCAGAAGGCGAGGAUGACGACGCUCAAUCAGAUGAGAUUGUGUCGCUGUAUCGUGAGUUUUGGACCAUGCCUACUCCAACACGACGUCCACUUUCCGCUGUGUUGUUUGGGCAAUCUGUGUUGUCAUCUUUCCAGGCGGAAGGUGCACUGGGUCGGUCCGAUACUGUGAGCAGCAGAGCAGACAUCGUGCUGUCAAGGAUCGGCGACGAAGAGAACAACACCCAGAAAGAAAGAAACUACUUUCAUCAAGCCAGUUCCGUGCCACGGAAAAUUCAACCAGAGCCAUUGUCGGCCAUAUCAGACAUUUCUGGGCUAGAUCAGUUCGACACCGCACGCACUUCCAGAACCCUUCUGGAUGAGCGCAUGUCCAGACGGUACUUGUUUCAGGAAAGGGACUCCGGAUCAAGGCCAGUCUCACAAGUACUCCCACGACCGAUCUCAAGCCACUCUACAUACCCGAGGCGAUUGUCUGUCGCUGCCCCGCGCACAUCGCAUCUCCCCCAGCCCGGCCAGUACUCAGUUCCGAGAGAAUUUCGAUCUAAGCCGAGCACCGAAAACAUUCCUGAUGAGUCAAAGGUACCUUCUGAUUCGUUGCCUAUUACGCAAAUCUUGAGGUCGGUGUGGCCGAACAUCAAUUGGCGAUCCCGAAUCGCUCUCUUUGCUGCCAUCUUAGCAACAAUUGUGCACGCAGUCGCAACCCCUGUCUUUGCCUGGGUGUUCUCACAGUUGCUGGCCACAUUCUACGCUCUCGACGACACUAAAGCCGAGGCAAUCCGUUAUAUCAUGAUCAUAUUGAGCAUUGCUAUCAUAGAUGGCUUUGCUGAAUAUUUCAUGUUCUUUCUCUAUGACAGCGUGGCACAAGCAUGGGUACAGAGACUAAAAACUGAGGCUAUGCGGCGUGUACUUUCACAGCCCCGCGAGUUCUUUGACAAAGAUGAAAACAGCAUGGUGCGCUUGGCCGAAACUCUAGAUCAUUUUGCUGAAGAAGCUCGAAAUCUGCCUGGACGUUUUGCCGGCAUCUUCUUUUCCAUGUUUCUUGUACUGGUAGUUUCGGUCAUUUGGAGCCUGGCCAUCUCCUGGAAAGUGACCCUGGUAGCUCUUGCGUCAGGGCCCGUCCUGUUUGUCAUUACCCAGGCAUACAACAUGAUUAGCAGUCACUGGGAAAACCUCGCGAACGAGGCUGCUGACAACGUGAGUCAAGUGCUCCACGAAACAUUUGUCAACAUUCGUACCGUGCGUUGCCUCACUCUGGAAGACCACUUCCGCAAGAAGUACGAACAAGCGACCAAUAAUGCCAUCCAUGUUGGUGUCAAACGCGCUAUCUACUCUGGAUCGAUCUUUGGUCUACUCAAUACCUCUGCUCAAUUCGUAAUCAUCACCCUGUUCUGGUUCGGCGCGUGGCUCAUCUCUCGUAACGUACACAGUGUUCUCAGUAUUACAGAGACAUUCAUGAUCCUUAUGUUGUCUAUCAACGAUAUCAGUCAGAUGUCACAGUACAUGACACAAGUCAACAUCUCCCGAGAAGCCGGUGCCCGCCUUCUUCAUCUUGCUCGCCUCCCAGAAAACUCCCACGAAGGCCGUGGAACCCAAAAGAUCGAAAUCGCUGGUGACAUAUCGUUCAACAACGUUUCUUUUACCUAUCCUACCCGACGAGAUCAUCAAGUUCUGCAUAACAUCUCCUUCUCGAUCCCACGCGGCUCUUGUACAGCUAUCGUCGGUUCGUCUGGGAGUGGAAAGUCUACCGUCGCUGCUCUGCUGCUAAAACUGUAUCCCACAAACCAGAACAUAGGCACUUUCCUCGCCUCCGAAGGAAAAGAUCUCACCGUCUCCGGCCAAAACAUCAAAACACUCCACACCAGCUCACUCCGCUCCCACAUGGCCAUCGUCAGCCAAACCCCCGUUAUCUUUCCCGGCACCAUCGCCCAGAACAUCGCCUACGCCGUAUCCCCCUCAAGCCCAGAGUCAAGCCUGGAGAGCAUCCGCGCAGCAGCCGACGCAGCCGGCGUGAGCGAAUUCAUCGACAGCCUGCCCAACGGCUACCAAACCCUGAUCGGCGACGGCGGAACCGUUCUAUCGGGCGGCCAGAGCCAGAGAAUCGCCAUCGCGCGCGCGCUGGUCCGCAACCCAGAUAUCCUCAUUCUGGACGAGGCGACGAGCGCACUUGACGCCAUCGCCGCGGCCACGAUUCGCGAGACAAUUUUAAGGCUUGUUGCCUCGCCUACUGAGCACGACGACACGGUGGAUCGGCCGCUGAGCCCGAGGAGUAGAGCCGGUGGAUUCUGGGAUGGGAAAGAUUGGGAGCCGAGCGAUGGGGUUGUUGGCUCGCCUGGGUGGCUUCGGGCGAGGGGUAAGAGGGCUAAGGGGAAGGGGAAGAAGAAGCAGAUGACGGUCAUUAUCAUCACGCAUGCGAGGGAGAUGAUGAGUAUCGCUGAGCAUAUCAUUAUGCUGGACAAGGGGAGGGUGAUCGAAGAGGGUGGCUAUGCGGAACUGAAGAGGAAGAGAAGUGGAGCUUUUGCGAAGCUGUUGAGAGGAGAAGCCGAGUAAGGUCGGUCCGGCUAUUUUGCUAACCGCAGUUUUGUAUUCAUCUGUAAAUGAGUUUAUGGGUGCUGUCUUUCUAGAUCUACACUUCCGUCGUGAGUCUGGGU